UGAAAGCUAGAGAGAGUUGACUUUCGUCUUCAUAUUUAUUUAUUUUUGUUUACAUUAGCCUAAUGAUAUAAGGCUUUGUAAACAAAGGAGGUCAUUGCGGGCCGCCAGGAAUGUUUCUGGGGGCCGCCAUUGGCCCGCUGGCCGCACUUUGAGAACCAAUGCUUAAAGUGUUUAAAUAUUAUUCCUAAAUACUAAUUAAAUGAAAGGGAGCGUUACGGAAAGGCGAGGUUUUCACUCCACGUGACUACUGGUUGAACCGGCAGCAGACCGAAAAAGUGACAUGUUCCACAGCUCGGUGGAUCUGAUCCUCAGAGGUUCCUGAUGAAGAGAAACCAGGUUCCCCUGAUGAAGAGGAACCAGUUCCCCUGAUGAUGAGGAACCAGGUUCCCCUGAUGAAGGGGAAGUCCUCAACACCUGUUCCUCAACACGCCGAGUGAAGCAACCAUCACAUACUGUGGAAUGGAAUCUGUCUUUAUUCAGGCUGAUCCAACGUUGAACCGUUUAGCCUGAAAGCAAUGAGCGCGUUCUAACAGCCACUUUCUCCGUUGCAGUGGCUCGUUGCACAGGGAGGGUCGGGGUUUCUGCCCGCAUGAGGAAGUCAAACACAAGAACCUACAUAGAUGAAUAGGGAAGUGAACCAAAGCCUCGGUGUUCAGCACCAGCUGCUUCCACACACACUUUGGUUCCUUCUGUCGUGAGGACAAACGCGUUCACUCAGUCUGCAGAGAGCAAGACCCCGGCCUGCUGCCUUCUUCCCGCUGCCUCCUUAACGUCCGUCCAGACAUGCGCUUCGGGGAGGAGCUGUGGUGCGCCCCGGCCCACAACGCUCUGCUGCGCCUCCAGGAGACUGAGCUCCACCUGAUGGAGAGCAUGAAGAGGUGGAUGGCGCAGCGCGCGCGGAGCGAGCGGGACUUCUCAGGGCAGCUGCACCAGAUGGCCGCCAUGUUGGAGCGGCAGAGCCGGCCCCCCGCGGCGGACUACAUCAGCCAGCUCCACAAGUCCUGGGGAGUCCUUGUGGGUCAGACCGAGAGCCUGAGCCGGGUCAUGAGGGAGCGGUCCGAGGACCUGCAGGACGGACCCAUGAGCAAACUGACGCUCCUCAUCAAAGACAAGCAGCAGCUCAGGAAGAGCUACGGGGAGCAGUGGAGCCUGCUGAGCCAGGAGCACAGCAAGGUGACCCAGAGCGACGUGGAGAAGCAGAAGCUUGGCUACAAGCAGGCGGUCCGGGAGGCGGCGGCGGCUAGGAGGAAGUACCAGGAGGCCGGCAAAGGUAAGGAGCGGGAGCGGGCCCGGGAGCGUCUGGUCCGGGCCACCCAGCGGCAGCAGCAGCUCCACAACGAGUACGUCCUGGUGCUGCGGGCGGCGGCGGUGCAGCAGCAGCAGCACUACGGCCGCCUGCAGCCCGGCCUGCUCAGCGGACUGCAGGGCCUGCAGCAGGAGAUGGUGCUCAUACUGAAGGAGAUUCUGCAGGAGUACUUCGACAUGUCCAGCCUGCUUCACUAUGAGGUGGUCCAGAUCCACAGUGAGAUGUCUGCCGCCCUGAGCAGCAUAGACCCCUACACUGAGUACGAGAGCUUCAUCCAGCAGAAUAGGUCUGUGGGGGAGGUCCCGUCCCUCCCGGAUCCGGACUGGGUGGUCCUGGAGGACGUGGAGAUGCUGAGUCCGGGGGAGCUGAAGCUCACUGAGUUCACGGUCGAGAGCUUGCAGCAUCGGCUGACUGCUCUGGAGGAGGAGCUGAUGGGCGUGGCCGUGGGGCUGGGCGGCCAGCAGGCCUCGGUUGAGCAGCUGGAGCACGACCUGGAGGUGGCCAAGGACUGCUCCCCCGCCGGGGGCCAGAGGGUGUACCAGUUCAGCAAGAGGCAGCUGCUGGAGGAGUUCCGCCAGCAGGUGGCGCUGUCCAUGGGCCGGCGGGCGCGGCUGGAGGCGCAGCGGCAAGCCCUGGAGCAGGCCUUCCACGUCCUGGGCUCCAGGGAGCCGCCCCCGGGGCUGCUGCCGGAGGAGGAGCCGUGCCCCGGGGCCCCCGCCAACACCAGCGAGGAGAAGAACAGCUCCACCCUCCUCAGUAUGGAUGGGAUCCUGACCCACCUGGGCGGCCUGUUCAGACCCAGAUACCAGCUGCCCCCGGCCCAGGAGGCGGUCCCCGAGGUGGAGCGCCCCCUGGAGAAGCAGGCGUGGUACCACGGGGUCAUCCCCCGUCUGGAGGUCCAGGAGCUGCUCCGGGGCGACGGGGAGUUCCUGGUGCGGAGGAGCCAGGGCAAAGCGGAGAACGUGCUGUCGGUCCACUGGGCGGGAAGCUGCCGCCACUUCCUCAUCCAGCAGAACAAUAACUUGUACCGGCUGGAUAAAGAACAAUUUGCAACGGUGCCAUUGCUGAUAAAUCACCUUAUUUCUUCAGGACAGACUGUCACAGCCAAGACAGACAUUUUCCUUAAAACACCUGUUGUUAAGGAUAAGUGGGUGUUGGAGCACGAUGACGUCAUCCUGGGACCCAGUAUCGGACGGGGUAACUUCGGCGAGGUGUACAGCGGCCGGCUGCGCUUUGACAACAUGGCGGUGGCGGUGAAGGCCUGCAGAGAGGACCUGCCGCCCGAGACCAAAAAGAGGUUCCUCAUGGAGGCCAGGAUCCUGAAGCAAUACGAGCAUCCCAACAUCGUGAGGCUGAUCGGGGUGUGCACCCAGCAGCAGCCCAUCUACAUCAUCAUGGAGCUGGUCCAAGGUGGUGACUUCCUGUCGUUUGUGCGUGCUGCUGAUAGAAGCCUCCCCCCUGGGCUGCUGGUGACCAUGGUGGCAGACAUUGCGUCUGGAAUGGACUACCUGGAGAACAGGAAGUGCAUUCACAGGGACCUGGCAGCGAGGAACUGUCUGGUGGGCGAGCAGCACGUGGUGAAGAUCAGUGACUUUGGGAUGUCCCGCGAGGAGGAGGACGGGGUGUACUCGGCCACGGGGGGCCUCCGCCAGGUCCCCGUCAAGUGGACCGCCCCCGAGGCCCUCAACUACGGUCGCUACACCACGGAGAGCGACGUGUGGAGCUUUGGGGUGGUCCUCUGGGAGACCUUCUCCAGGGGGAUGACCCCCUACACCAGCAUGUCCAACCAGCAGACACGGGACGAGCUGGAGAGAGGGUACCGGAUGCCUGCCCCGCCCGCCUGCCCCCCCGAGGUUUACCGCCUGAUGCAGAGCUGCUGGCAGACGGAACCGCGGAACCGACCGUCAUUCAGGGAGCUGAUGGAGCAGCUGGCUGAGCUCCGCCUCUAACACCAGCUCUUACACCACCUCCAACACCACCUCCAAUACCACCUCUAACACCACCUCUAACCACCUCUAACACCACCUCUUACACCACCUCCAACACCACCUCUAACACCACCUCUAACCACCUCCAACACCACCUCUAACACCACCUUCAACACCACCUUCAACCACCUUCAGCUGGUCCACCUCUAUCCCCACCUUCAGCUGGUCUCUCCCUAACCCCACCUUCAGCUGGUUCAGCACUAACACCACCUUCAACUUUUUCACCUCUAACACCACCUUCAGCUGGUCCACCUCUAACACCAUCUUCAGCUGGUCCACCUCUAACACCACCUUAAGUUGUUCCACCUCUAACCCCACCUUCAGCUGGUCCACCUCUAACACCACCUUCAGUAGUUCCACCCCUUACCCCACCUUCAGUAGCUCCAGCUCUAACACCAUCUUCAACUGGUCCAGCUCUAACACCACCUUCAGCUGGUCCAGCACUCACACCAUCUUCAGCUGGUCCAGCACCAACAUUACCUUCAGCUGGUCCAGCACCAACACCACCUUCAGCUGGUGUAGCUUUUGUUUAUGUUUGGGUAACUGACUACCCAAACAUAAAAUAGAAUUCCCAUAGUUAUUGCAUAAUUAGAUAAAAAAUGCUAAAAAAAUAAAUAAUAAAAUAUGCGAACACAGCA